AGUACGCAUUUUAUUUUCAUAUUGCGUUGGAAUUUGCGGCGAAAGUCUUCAGAAACCAAAAACUGAAAUAAGAAACACAAUUUAAGAGAAAAUGUCGGGCUCCGAGUCUACACAUGUAACAUCGCUUGGGAAGGGUGACAGCUUGCAUCAACAGGUUCUCGCCUCCUUUCCUCUGUGUGACAUCACAGAGGACGAUCUGACCCAGAACCCCCAGUUCUGUAAACUCCUGGCCACCCUGGCACAACAUGUGGACCAAAGUGGACUCACUGUCCCACUGAAAGCAGAGCUGGAAAAGGCUGAGCAGAAGCUGCAGAGUCAGAGGCGUCACUGGCUGCACUCUGAGAGCCUCCACAAAGGGCUACAGGAGAUGAUCCAGGACCACUGUAUCAGGAAGCACCAUACCACUGUACCCCCUGACCAGAACAUGUUCUAUGAGACGAUGGAGAAGUGUCUGCUGGUGGCUCAGUGUAUCAGACAGCUGGAUCCCAGUAGCACUACCAACCAGGACCAGCCCUCUGUUCUGGGUCUGAACUCCCAACAGAUGAUGGAGCUCAUGCCUUCAGAAAAGAAUGUAAAAAGAAUGAAGCAGGGUCUUCCUAGAGAGCUGGAGAAACAUCUGAAGAAGAAGUGUUUGAGCGUCCUCUCUUACUAUCACCCUGAAUGUGAGAAUGAGAGUGAGGGUCUGAGGAACACCAAGUUGUGUCACCUGUCAGCACAGAUGGACAAAGAAAGGAAAAGAGCUGAGAGCCUGAGGGAGACCUGCCGGGAAAACACAGUUCUGCUGCAGAGACAGACUCAACUCUACCUCUCUGAAAUGAUAAAGUGUAUUCAGCUCCUCCAGUCUCUCAUCCUGGACCACAGGCUGAGGGUCCAGACUGAUUUGGACCAUAAGAAGUUAAAGUACUUUGAGGGAAAAUGCGAUUUAGUCUUACAGAAGAUCAAAUACGAGAUGGUGGAAAUUCAGCUGGAUACAUACACAGUGGACGCAAUAUCUGCUCAUAAAAAAAUAAGAGAGAAGCUGGACUCUGAGCUGAAGGCCUGUCAGGUGGAGAAGCAGUCCGUUGAGUCAAAGCUGGCCUCGUUUGAGAUCUUGGGCAAAGAGUUCGAGACCUUGGCCGAGGAGUACUGCAGACUACGGAAGGAGAUAGAAAUGAAUAACUGGGCUCUGAAGGAGUUCACCCAGUGCAACAAUAAGUGACGAUCAUAUCUGACGCUGGGACAGCAGCCAGACAUUCCUGUUUCAUCGUGUCAUUGCUCACAAUGACAUGCCGGCUUUGGACGCCUGGCAGAGAAACUGUGAGGCCUUUUGGCGUCCAGGAGUGAGUGAAGGCUCCCAUUACAGCUCCAAAUGUUGUGUAAUUAAAUUCAGUUUUCAGACAUUGUUAGUGCAUCAAUAUUGUUCUAAGCAAUCUCUACUUUCAUUGUGUCCAGUUAGAGUUACAGGUGUUUAAAAUGUAUUACUCUUUUAACCCAUUGACGCCUAAAACGCCUGUAAAACCUCUGGGCGAUUUUAAAAUAAGCCCCUAAAACCUGAAGUUUUUCUGGAAAUUCAACAGAAAUGUCAACGCUUCCUACUAAAUAAUAGAUUUUUCAGCCUCUGUAGCAGAUAGAAAUGAAAUUCAAAAAGUAUUUGAACGCUUAUACAAAUACUACAAAACGACGUAUCCGCUUUCCAGGCUUCAAUGGGUUAAUAAGCUGCAGUUUUAAACUAAAUCUUCCAUGCAGUGGUGGAAAAAGUAUUCAGAUCCCUUACUAAUACCACACUGAAAAUGACUCCACUACAAGUCCUGCAUUUGCAACUUACUUAAGUUAAAGUACAAAAGAAUCAGCAUCAGAAUGUGCUUAAAGUAUCAAAAGUAAAAGUUGUCAUUAUCCAGACAGACCCCACUCAAAUUGUUACAUACAUUUAAAAUAUAUUACUAGGUUAUUUGUAUUGAUGCAUUUUUGUAAGCAGAGUUUUAAUUUACUAAGGUAGGGCUCAUUUUAACUACUUAAUAUACUGUUGAUGAUGUUUGAUUAAAAAAAUUCUUAUCACUUUAAAUUUAUCAUGUCUUUAUGUUAAAUCUCGAUCUGAAAAGUAACAAAAUCUGGCAGCCAAAAGAAGAAUAUUUGCUUCUAAAAUGUAGUGGAGUAGAAGUAUAAAAUGGAAAUACUCAAGUAAAGUAAAAGGGCCUCAAAAUUGUACUUAAGUACCGUACUUGACCAAAUAUUCCAUCUGAUUACUUAUUUACUUUAUAUAAUAGCUUAAGGAAGUGAGAAUCACUAUAUUCAUGCUGACAAUGUCAGAUGACAAAUACCAUUUCCCAAAAUCGGCUUUCCAGUUGGCAUGUACAGCAGUGAAAUUAAUAUUGUGCAGUGUUGAAAAAAGUAUUCAAAUCCUUCACUUAAGUAAAAUAUUGAAAUACAUGGCUACUAUUUUGAUAUAAACGGGGCAAAAAAAUAAAUGAAUGCAUUGUCAGCAGGGGUCUGAAUAUGAUUAUAAUCUAUAUUUAUAUGAUCUCUGUUCUUAGUGCAGUUAUGUAAUGGGAAUAAUGUAAACAAGACAAGUCCAAAUAUGUCUGCAGCAUCCUUUUAGAUGGGAUGAGUGUCAUGCUCACAAAUGUAUAGCCUAAAUUCCAUAAGUGUUGUGUUAAUUAUAUUUUUCCUUUAUAAAACACAACGGCACAUCAAUAAUCCUUAUGGAAGAUUAGCAUGGCCAUCGGUUUGUGUACUGUGUACUCUGUUUUCAUCAAAUACACUUCGAUGAGGAAACGAGGCAACAAUUUUGAGGUGAAAGACCCACGUUAAACCUGUCUUGUUGGAUUUGUACUGACAACUUGAGAAAUGAAAUUCUCAGGUUAGUGUCAUUUUGCUGUUUGUACCUUAAUCAGUUUCAGUUUGAACCUUAAUCCACAAGGUGGCGGUAUACUUUCAAUCUUGACAGAGGUCAUGCCAUAUUCUCUGUAUUAUUGUUUUGCUUUUCUAUUUCAUGCAACUUUUUUAAAAGUAAAAGUAAAGUUCUUUAUUCUUUAUAUGUAAAUGUUCUUUAUUUAUUAGACUUAUAAUUUAAAUUCUGUACAAUGAUCCAUAAUUCAAGCUGUCACAUAUUAACAGUUAAAGACCAUAACUGGCAGUUUUGUUUUACUUUAUGCAUGCAGCUAAAAAUAAUUGCUGUGACACAAAAGAGGGUUUUUUUUCCCACUAUAAAAAAUAUUACUUUGAUAAAUAGUUUUAUAAA